AUGUCCUCAUCCGUCCUUCGGCUGAGCUUACAGAGAUUGGGCAGCCGUUCAAUAUGUGAAUCACGGAUAGCCACUUCCAAUCACCAGCUGAGCCGAAGUUUUGGCACAUCUGCCGCUCUUCGUUGUGACAGACAAAAUCUCUCUGUCCAAUACACCACCAAUUCAAAACACCCAGGGGAAGAGAACAGAUGUCAAUCUCAAAAACGAACCUAUAGCUCAGGAUUGAAAGGUCUACGGAGCAAGAAUAAGAAACACAAUGACGCAGCUUCUCUUCCAUCAGAUUCACCCACAAUUCUAGGCCAAAGCGCCGACCUCCCGAUCCGCGCCCGAUUUGCUCCGUCACCAACGGGAUACCUGCAUCUAGGGUCUCUGAGAACAGCGCUUUUUUGUAAGCUAGCUGUGCUUGCUUCCAAUGAAGGAGCUUUCAUCCUCCGUAUUGAAGAUACCGAUCAGAACCGUCUGGUAAAAGAUGCCGAGGAGCGAUUAAUGAAGGACCUUAAAUGGGCGGGGCUAUCAUGGGAUGAAGGGCCAGACUGUGGUGGACCAUAUGGUCCAUAUAGACAAUCUGAGAGGUUACCCGUUUAUCAAGAGCACGUCCAAACACUCUUGGAUCAUGAUCACGCCUACCGCUGCUUCUGCACACCUGAGCAGCUGGAGUCUCAGAAACGUGAACUCCACGAGGCCGGCAAGCCGACCAUUUACCCUGGGACAUGCCGCUCCAUAGAUGCAGCCGAGUCGGAUCGACGGGCAAAGGCCGGAGAGUCUUAUGUAGUUCGCUUCAAGAGUGACAAGUUUGGCCGACCUAAGCUUCAUGAUGCCAUUUACGGGCGAUUUCAGAAGAAGGACAUGGAAGAAGACUUCAUUCUGAUGAAGACAGAUGGAUUCCCUACGUAUCAUUUGGCCAAUGUGGUUGAUGACCACUUGAUGAAAAUUACACAUGUAAUCCGUGGUGAGGAGUGGCUUAUUUCGACACCGAAACAUGUUGCGCUGUACGAAGCCUUCGGCUGGCAGCCUCCGACGUUUGCGCACCUUGGUUUGCUAGUGGAUCUAGACGGCAGCAAGCUCAGCAAACGAAAUGAUAGCGUCAACAUAUCCAAGUACCAGACCGGGGGCACGUUCCCUAUGGCUUUACUGUCCUGGCUGGCCAACCUCGGAUCCUCAUUCAAACGAGACGUGCAACCGCCUCGGACAGUAGAAGAUGUGGCCAAUGCUUUGACAUUUAAAUUCACACGUGGCGGCAUCAAAUUGAACCUGUCAAAGCUUGAAUACUUUAACAACAGGUACCGUGAUGCGAUGCUCUGGAAGCCUGUCCCGGCGUUGGCAGACCAAGAGGCAAAGCUCAUCGAUCAACACCUGACGCAACCCAUACUGAGCGAAAUCGAAGCAAUCACAAACGGGAGCAUCGAAAGUGCGGAACUGACAGCGAGAGCAUGGCGGCUACCGCUUGAGCUUGUUCCGACAUUAACCAAUCCUACCGAGAAGGGUCAAUACGUGUACAAGGCAAUUGUAUCCAAACAGGGAGGCUUUCAAUCGCCGAGCGAUCUGAUAUCACAGCACCCAUAUCUCUUUUGGCGUGUGCCGCUGGACGUUUACAAGACUUCUCUCGCGAAAGCAAGACCUGAGCCAAAGGUGCUCGAUGCUCUCGAGGAGGCAAUCUCACAAGAAUCUUAUUGGAAUGGUGACUGCAGCCAGGUGAUGCAGGCCAUACAGUCGAAAGUCAAGCCCCAGGGAGUCGACCAGCUUACGAUUCACAACGUACUGCGAGUAAUUGCUGCUGGUGGGCAAGACGUUGUCUCUCAGAGCAGUUCGAGGAUGUUUGCUCUUCUGGGACGAGAUGAAUGGACACAUCGGCUAAACGUUGUUAAGGAGCUUCUCAGCGAACUGAACUAG